GAGGGGGAAGGAUGAGUGGCAUCAGCUGGAGCGGGCAGGAGGACUCUUUCCCUGAGCUCCAGCAUGUGACAUGCAGGACGCAGCCUGUCCCCACCAACUCAUGCAUGUGGUCCUGGAAAGCAGCUAGCUCCGGAGUCCACAACAGAUGAGACCUUCUGGGAAUGCUCCCAGUGUGCUAACAUGAGCGACGUGCAGGAAACGGGUUCUCAUGAUGCCUGGGAAAUGCUGUGCUCUGAGCAGGAAGCAUGCACAGUGCACUGGGGCUGGGCUCUGAGCUCGGGCAGGCGCAUGGGAGAAUAGGCUCUGAGCUCACCCUUGCCCAUGGCUGCUGGGGGGAAGAGGUGCUGAGCUUGCCCAUACCUGUGGCACACCAUGGACAGGCACUGCCCUGGCAGAAUGGAGAAAAGGCAGAGGAGAGAUAUGCUGGCCACACAUCUCCCCGCCUGCAGUGGCCAGGCGCAGCUGAUCGUGGAGGCAGCGCAGGGGUGGGGUGGGAAUGCUCCAGAGUGUGGGAGCCUGCCGGGGGAAGCAGCGCUUGCUCCCAGGGCCCAUGCUGUGUCUUUGGGGAGAGGGAUCCUAGGAUGGGGCUCUCCCAGCUGAGCCGACUUUCAGUGAGUGUCCCUCGAGGGGAACGACACAAGGGGCACCAGAGGCCCCAAGGGGAGAGUCCUGCCCCCAGACAGCCAGGGCCAUGGCCAACCUCCAUUUUGAGCCUUCAUCCUGACCCCCAUUUUGAUGGCUACACUGCAGCUUGCCUGCCCGAAUCUGAGAAAUCCCUGGGACCGCUGGGCUCUGGCCCCUGCUGAGGCUGGGCGAGGCAGGCCUGGAACACACCAGGCAACUGCCAAGUCCUUUGCUGCAUGCAGAGCUAAGACUAAAAUCAUACUAUGUCCUCCAGGUGGACACCAGAGGCAAAAGACUACGACUCCCAGCAUCCUCUGUGUUCCAGGUAAGGGGAGGAAUGUGGGCUGGCUCCUGUCCAGCCUGAUGGUUCUCUCUGUGCUUGGCCCCUUGCAGAGCAGCGGGCUCCCCACCCAAGGAUGCUGCAGCGGGCAGUUUCUCUUCUCAAGUCGGUGCGUUUCCACUUCCUUGGCUGUAAGCUGCAGUGAAAGGUCAGGGCCCUUGUGUGAAAAAGGAAGCAAGUACCCUAGAAAUGACAAGUGGGAGAUGACGAGAAGAGGGCGCUGCUGAGAGAGCGUGUUGUUUGGAGAACUCCAGGCCCCAGUGCUGUCUGGAUCUGGGUCCUGAGCCGCUGGAGGGCAGAGAACCUGAGAUGACCCAGCCAGUCUCCUUCACCCUUCAUGUUCCGGAGAGCAGGGACGGUGCCAGCCCAGAUCUGAGCCUGUGCGAUGAGAGCGCUGUCCACAAUUCCUUCCAGCAGCUCCUGCAGGAGCAGAGCAUGGAGGAGCCGGAGCUGGAGCUGGAGGAGCUGGAGCUGCAGGAGUUGACCCUUGGGGGCAGAGAGAACCUGGCAGCUGGCCACACCGAGGCCUGGGAGGAGCCAGAGUCGAGGAGAGAGCACCCAGAUUUCUCUUCAGCCACACUGUUGAUCCUUGCCAACAUGCCCAGCCGCACCAUCGGGCGCAGCCGAGGAGCCAUCAUCUCACAGUUCUACAACCGCACAGUCAAGCUUCGCCGCCGGAGCAGCCGGCCGCCGCUGCGCCAGGUGUCCCGCUCUGCACGGCCCAGCCUGCGGCAGUACGACCUGGAGCUGGACUCUGGGCAUGCGGAGCAGAAAGACACACACAGCCUGCUGGUGAAGGAGCUGCAGAGCCUCUCAAGCAGCCAGAGGAGCCACAUGCUGCAGGCGAUGCCUGUGUGCCUGGCAGAGAAACGCAGCCUCAGGCAGGAGUUGGGUGGACACAGAAGCACCCUGAGGAAACCCGACAAGACCAGGAGGCCUUUGUCCUGCUGUGGCCAACUCAAACACGUCUUCCUCACAGGGUUCCGGAGUCUCUGGGAUGGGUUCCUCUCCCUCCUCCACUCCCUCCAGCCCUGGCAUCAUUCCCUGAAGCAGAUCAGUGGCCGCUUCGGCUCCAGUGUCUUGUCCUACUUCCUCUUCCUCAAGACGCUUCUCAUGUUCAACAUCUUCUUAUUCCUGACCCUCUUGAUCUUCGUGGUAGCCACGCAGGCUGCGUACCCCCCGGCCACCAAGAACAGCAGGCUCUUCACGGGGCUCGAGCUCCUGACUGGGGCGGGCUCCUUCACUCAGACUCUGAUGUACUAUGGCUACUACAGUAACUUCACCCUGAACGACGCCUGCACCCCUGUUAGCAGCAGCUGCCAGCCUGGCAGAGGCCAUCUCCCAUACAACAUGCCUCUGGCCUACGUGUUCACUAUUGGGGUCUCCUUCUUCAUUACAUGCAUCCUGCUGGUGUACAGCAUGUCCCGAUCCUUUGGCGAGAGUUACCGCGUGGGCAGCACGUCAGGAGACUUUGCCAUCAAAGUGUUCUGUGCCUGGGACUACAAGGUGAUCCAGAGACGCUCUGUUAGGCUGCAGAACGAAAACAUCCGGACACAGCUGAAGGAGCUGCUAGGAGAGCAGCAGUCUAAGUCCCGCCCAAUGAGCCUGUGCAGGAAGCUGGGCAGGAUGGUAGUUCUCAGUCUGGCCUGGGCAGUGUCCGUAGGCACCGUUGUAGGCUGUAUCGUUGCAGUGUAUUACUUCGCCGAACACAUGCUCAAGGUGCACCGGGACAGUCGAGACGAGGAGAGCAGCGAGGCCCAGCAGGAAGCCCUCCUGCUGGCUCUGCCUGUGGUGGUGUCUCUGAUGAACCUGGUGAUGCCGUACCUGUAUAACCUGCUGGCAGCCUGGGAGAAGCAGGAGUCUCCAGCGCUGGAGGUGUACGUGGCCAUCUUCAGGAAUUUGAUUCUGAAGAUGAUUGUCCUGGGUCUGCUGUGUUAUCACUGGCUGAGUCGGAAGAUGGGAUACUCCACGGAGGACAAUUGCUGGGAGACGUCAGUGGGGCAGGAGCUGUACCGCUUUGUGGUGAUGGAUUUCGUGUUCACGCUCCUGGACACUUUCCUUGGGGAGCUGCUCUGGAGGCUCAUCUUGGAGAAGAGGCUGAUGAGGAAGCAGAGGCCUGAGUUUGACAUUGCCCGGAACGUGCUGGAGCUGAUCUAUGGGCAGACCCUGACCUGGCUGGGGGUUCUCUUUUGCCCCCUCCUCCCAGCUGUCCAGAUCCUCAAGCUGGUGCUCCUGUUCUACAUCAAGAAGACCAGCCUGAUGAAGAACUGCCAGUCUCCCAGCAAGCUGUGGCGCGCAUCUCACAUGAGCACAGUCUUCAUCACCCUCCUGUGCUUCCCCUCCUUCCUGGGCGCCGCCAUCUUCCUCUCCUACACCAUCUGGGCAGUGAAACCAUCCAUAGCGUGUGGCCCGUUCCGGAUGCAGGAGACCAUCUACGAGUCAGGGAAGACUUGGAUUCAAGAGCUAGAGAAAUCCAGCCCAAACAUCACCUGGUUCACCUGGAUCCACCAACACCUUGUGGAAAACACCUUCUUCCUGUUCUUUGUGUCUGGAGUCCUGCUAGCUGUGAUCUACCUCCACAUCCAGGUUGUGAAAGGCCAUCGGAGAAUCAUCUGCCUGCUGAAGGAACAGAUUGCCCAUGAAGGGGAGGAUAAGGUAUUUCUCAUUCAGAAGCUUCAGUGCAUUUAUGGGAAGCAAGAGACCUGCCCCUGAGCGCCAGGAGCCUCUUGGAAGAGCUGAAUGUGUGACCAGGACUUUCUCUCUGGCCACAGCCUCCCGGAGCCGGGAAUGGAUCCUGGCCUCUCCAAGCCCCUUCUGAAUGGCCAGAGAAGAUUUGCCAGACUUUACAGGGCUGCACUGAGAGAUGCAGACGAGUCACUGAGAAAGCCAGUCUCCUGCUGGUGCUGGCACCCAGACCCUGCCCAACAGCAGCACUGGCACGUUAUCCAUGGGCAAAAACCUCUGCUCCUACCAUGUACUGGUGCUUGUAACUCUGUCUCUCUGGGGUAGGCUGCUGAGACCUUGCCUUCCACUGGGGCACAGGGUCCAGAAGCCACGCAGGCUGUCAGGCACUGCUGGAGCCGAGCACACCUGGUGCCAACAUGUUCUAAAGGUGAGGCCCAAAGCAGCCUCUCAUCUGACAGUGUGCUGUUUAAUGCUGCUGGGCCUUCGGCUGGUGUCUGCGGAGCCACCGAACCCCAACCUGGCUGUCCCAGCGGCUGAGUGAUUUUCAGGAACCCCCUUCCCUGGGGACAUAUUUGCUUUGUUACUAUUAAAACCAUGUUCCCUCUUUCUAAGCUCCCCGUUGA